GCAACCGAGAUAGGGGUCCCGGUCACUUAUUACUGUCAAGGCCGGUAGCAGCCUAUCAAGCCAAUUCACUCCUAGCACUCGAUCUGUUUAUUCUAGUUUGGUCGAGCGUGAAGUGUCAACAGUGGUCGCAAUGCUGACCAUGGUGGAUUGGCUACUGCUUGCGGUGGGGUUGUUGGCAGCUUGCUACUGGUACCUGAGCUGGAACAUGGGCUACUGGCGGGCUCGAGGGGUAUAUACCCUGCCAGGAGCUUUGCCGGGAGUCGGCCACAUGUUGGAUGCCUUGCUGUUGCGAAGAGGGGUCCAGACGAUCUGUAUUCAGGCAUACCAUAACAUCGAGACUAAGGGUCAACCUGCCGUUGGUCUCUACUUGUUCCGCCAGCCCGUCCUGAUGCUGAAAGAUCCUGAUCUGAUCCAAACCGUACUCAUCAAGGAGUUCUCCAGCUUCCAUGAUAACGCAGUCCAGGUCGAUGACGAGGUUGAUCCUUACGUUAGCAGAAAUCCUUUUAUAACUCGAGGCCAAAGAUGGAAGACGUUACGCCAAAAGUUGUCUCCUGCAUUCAGUCCUGUCAGAAUAAAAGUGAUGUUUCCUCUAAUUCAGGCAGUAGGCCAAGAGUUCAACAAGUACAUGAAGAAACACUUGAAUGAAAACGUUAACGUAAACCAUGUCACAGGAUUGUUUACAUCCGAAGUAGUUGCAAAAUGUGCAUUCGGAUUGGAUGGAAAUGCUUUUAACGAUCCCGACGCACUGUUCUACCAACACGGACGCAAGCUCUGGGACGGCACACUUAAUAGCCCAAUCGAGUCUUUUAUAAUUUUUCUCAUACCGAGCAUCAACAAAAUCCUCAAAAGAAGCUUUUUUCCAAAAGAGACUGCUGAGUUCUUUGAGAACGUGAUCAAGCAGGCGAUAGAAUACAGGCAGAAAGCUCCUGACAAAGUUGCAGAUAAUGAUUACCUUCAGUUCUUGAUUAACCUUCAUAAUAAGAACGAAUUCGGAUUAAUUGAUGUCGUGGCACAGUGUCUGACGUUUUUCACUGAUGGCUUUGAAACAUCAUCUUUGACAGCAAGUUUUGCCUUGUAUGAGUUGACGAUGAACCCAGACAUACAAGAGUCUCUGAGACAGGAGGUCCUCGCUGCGGAUUCUUUGAACUAUGAUUCCAUCAGUUCUCUGCCACUCCUCGAUCGGGUUUUGCAAGAGACACUGCGAAAAUACAGUGUAUUCGCGAUGACCAAAGAAUGCUCCAAGGAUUUCACGCUGCAGGCAGAUGGCCGAUCCUUUCCAAUUAAAAAAGGACAACACGUUGUGGUGCCAGUAUAUGCGAUUCACAACGAUCCUAACAUUUACCCUAACCCGGAUAUAUUCGACCCGGACAGGUUUUUACCAGAGAACAUUAAGACUCGCCAUCCGAUAAGCUUCAUGGGUUUUAGUGCAGGACCUCGCACAUGUAUAGGGAACAAAUUUGCCACCUGCCAAGUAAAGGUGUUGCUGGCUAAUAUUCUGGCCAAUUUCAAACUGGUGAAGUGUAACAAAACUGCGGAAAAGAUGAAGCUAAACCCGUUACUGCUAAUGCCUGUGCCAGAGGGAGGAAUCUGGCUACAGUUCCAAGAAUUGUAACAACCGAUUUGUUACUACAACUGUUUUAGUUUUAAGAUGCACAUAUGCCCGAUAAUUUUGUAAAAUACAAAAUUUAUAAAUUGAAAAUGAGUGAUUUUUAAAGGUGAAAAAUGAAGGUGAAGAUGAUGCACUCGAUUUUGGGUAGUGAAAACACUGUUUUAUAAAAGUCAUAUAACUUUAGAGGAAUUUUCCUGAAAAAAAAAGAAAGUGGAAUAUUGUUUUUUAUCACUCAAAGUGAAAUGUCGGGCAUUUAAAGCAGGACAUUUAGGCACCCUUGUAGUCAGGUCCAAAUUAAAUCAGCUGAAGAUACAAUUGCAAUAUUUAAAGUUUGUACAUGAAUACACGUACAUGUUUCAGGAAUUAACGUGUUUUAGAAUCACUUAUAACUCAAAGAAAGUAUAGUUAUUGAAUUAAAUAAAUUUAAAACAGUAUAUUCUGUAAUAGUUUUUAGCAGCAAAAUUUAUUUUCUUACAAAUAAAAUAACGUUACUUCCUAAAAACAUAUCUCGUUCAUAUUCAGUCGUUUUUAUUUGGACAUGGUUACAAAACUGUCUGAACUGUACUUUAAAUAUGAUGGUUAUCUUCAAGGGCUAUGAUUUGGAAUUGAAAACGUUUCUGCUGGAGGUGUUUGAAAGAUUAUUUAUUUCUAUAAAUAGCAGGAAUACUUGGAAAUUUAUAUUUCAUGUUACAUACAUACAUUUCAUGAUAAUUAAUACCUAAUUUAAAGUUUAAUUGAAAUGAAAUAAUACAACAGAUUCAAGCAAUUAACUAAAUAUGAUAGGUACCGGAUAUCAGGGCAUGGGUAUUAUGAAAUAAAUAGCAUCAUCAGUGUUAUUUAAUAUAUAGAUUUUAGCGAUUUUAACUGCAAACGGAAAUUAAAUGAUCAAUAUUGUGUUUAAAGUUUAGCGUUUGUAUUUCCCACACAAUUAAGAAACAUGCAACAUUUUCACGUAUCCUGCCCGUAACAUAUUAGCUACUAACGCAAAUAUUAGCCUAAUGGCGUUGUUUACUGAGAAAUCAGCUGAUUACAGGACGACUGUUUUCAAUCCAUGUCCAUUGACUGUAGACAUCCUGCUGUACAGGUUUUUAUUUACAUGUAAGUUUCUUAUGUUUAAAAAAAAAAUGUAGAAGCCAAAACAAAACGUAUAGUGUAUGCUUUGGAUUGCAGAGUAAAGAUCUAAAACUGAUGUUAAACUUCGGGCUCGUUUUGAGCAUAAUACCAAUACACUGAUUUAAAAGUCAAUCCUACUGUGGGACAGAAAACUUCAAGCUAAAAGAACUUCCAAAAUAGGACAGCAUGAAAAAAUGAAAGUAAUUUUACAAGCAAUAGAAUAGGUGCGAAUAUUUUUUAUUUUAAUAAAACCUCACAUGCAUAUUCAUGUUAUUGAAACAGAUUACUGAAAAUACCUAAAUCAAAAUUCCCUAUCAUAUCACGUAAAAGGCUCAAGUUUCCUGCACCCAAAUCGUUAUCCUUUAAGACUAGAUUUUGCUAACGAGAUGUUGGACCGCACUACCUGAAAUCCCACAUUUCUUCAAAAUGUAUGAAGCUACUUUUCAACUUUGUGACAUUGGCGUAAUCGGGGAUCACGAAAUCGAAUGCUUCAGUAAUGCACUCAAUAGAUAUCGCAAAAGUACAUUUUUGGAUGGGACUGAUGAAAAUGCAAACAUGGGAAAUAUUUCUAUGGAUCAAACCUUAAGGCCACAUUUGUUUGGACACGGUUACUCAUUAUUGUAGUACCUCGAAUGCCAGACCAAACCAUAUUCCAGGAAGACUGUGCUCCAGCAUAGUACCACAAUGAUGUUUGGGAUUUCUUAACGAACAAUUUCCUGGCCAUUGACUCGGUAGGAGAGGGCCUAUUGCAUAGUCAGUAAAAUCCUCAGAUCUUAACUCUCUAGAUUUGUUUGCAUGGAGAUUUAUCAGAGAUUUCACGUAUGAGGUAAGGAAUACAUUAGUUUGCUGGAACUAAUGCAUUAGAUUGUGGCUGCAGGUGAGAGUAUAAUGCUACAAAUGCUUACAAAAACAUAGUGGGAGAUUGAGUACAUUGUACCGUGUGAGAGCGACUUUACCCGUGAUCACAUUAAUACCAUGAUGUAAUUAGAAAAAGUUAACAUAGUCGUUUGAAAAUAAAAAGUACAUUAUUAUGUCUCA